CAGAAAUAUAUAUCAAAUCUGAUUCACAUGGUCAAAACUAUCAAAUCAAAUUUUAAUAAAGAGCAUUAAAACAAAAUGUUUGCGCAAAAGCAUAAAUCGCUUAUAUCCGAUGCUCAAGUAUUUAAAACAAUGCAAUCCGAAUACGAACCGAGAGUGAACCAACUGGAAAAAGAUGUUUACGAGUGCUGCCGAAUGUUGAACCAAGUCGAAAAAGCCAAAGAUAACACCACUAUAUGGAAAAACCCCAGGGAAGUGGAAAAGUAUGUAUCCUGGGAGUUCGAUAUGCGAGAUUUUCCCAUGGAAAAUAUUCGCAUUCAACUGAAGAAUGAACUCGUUUACGUUCGUGCCUAUUAUAAGAAUCUAAAUAUCAGGCGAGAGAUUAUUAUGCCCCAAAAUGUGGAUACCUCAAAACUUACGGCGAUGCUGACACCCUGCGGAAUUCUUACUAUAUCUGUUCCAAUUGUACAACUGAUAUCAGAAGACGAGGUGCUGAACUAUUCCAUAUAAUUAAUGUAUUCGAUUUUGUGUUUUGUGUUAUAAUUAUGUUAUAUUUUAUUAAAUCUUAAUCAUAACUUUUGGAGGUAUGUCUUACUGGGGGUAUGCUGAGUGUGAAAAAUGCAAGUCCUUUGAAGUGGCAGAGUUCUGUGGCUUGGGGCAAGGUGUCCAG